AUGUCUACUUUACGCAAGUCCAUCGACGCGAGCUCUUUUGCAGCCUUUGCACUCGAACAUAAGAAGAAGUUGUUUUCGGCAUUUAAAAAAGGAUUUGCUAUUGUCUUAGAUGCUAAAGCUAAGACUUACGGAGCCAAGUCCUUUUCUAAGGGCAAGAGCCGCCGAGCUGACGACCUUAUAGACGCCGACAAGUUAAAGGAUUUUAAAAAGAGCUUGCGAUCGAUUGAGUUAUCUUUUAACGAUUUCGAUUUAAGUGUAGAGAUUAAUUUGGAAAACCGCGCAUUCGAUAAGGCUAUAAAAGCCUUGGCUAACUUGCUUGAAGACGAAGACGACUUAAUCGGUAGCUCCGGACUUUAUUUUAGCUUCGCUGAUCCUUUGUCGGCCAAGUUCACACUUAUUAACGAUGCUAUUAAUAAGCGCAAGAACGAUACGCGCUCUUUUACUUUUAAAGAUGCUACUGCUAGCACGUUAUCAUCUAAUGCUAGCCUCGCUAAGAGAAGAAGACCUUUCCAGCUUGAAGAGAACGAAGGAGUUGAGGACGUGAGCACGGAAAGAGACUAUGAAGAAGCUGCCGAGGCGUAG